CAGUCUCUUCUGCAGCGGUGAAAGAGGGGGUGUGCUUUGAAAGACUUCCUUACAAAUCCAUGGCCCCUCUGCCUGAAGACGUCACCGUGGAGUGGAGUCCUUGUGCCCUCGAGCCAAUGAGGGUCCACAAAUAUUAUAACGGUAACAACCAUCUUGUCAGACAGGAUGAGUUUUAUUGCGAUCGCACAAAGAUGCAGGAAGAACCACUGAAAACCAAAGACCUCCGAGUCAAUGUCCCCCAGGAGGUGGUGGAGGUCGGGGAUUGGGCUAAAUAUGUCACACUGCCCUUCAAAACCAGAGCUCGGCUGCCUGCAGAUGCAACGGUGAAAUGGAAACGUUUCGAGUUAUACAAUUCCUCGACAGUCCAUGUGUAUCAGAAUGGCCAAGACAUGUCUGAGGUGCAGCACGACUCUUACAGAGGCCGCACAAAGAUGAGGGAAAACCCCCUGCAAGCUGGAGAUCUCAGUCUGACCCUGAUUAACCCCAGUCAUGAAGACAGCGGUAAAUACACAUGCACCGUCGAAAGGGACGGAGACGUCAUAUGGAGGAGAAUGGUGAUUCUCAAGGUCAAAGGGUUUUAAAGAAGAGAGGACCGAAGACGAACCAGAUGGCGCCGUGAACAAGCAGCUUCUCUGAACCAGCGAUAUGUUCACUGUUUAAUUUGUUCACUGAUGUUAACGCUUCAGUAUUGAAUUCAAGUCUCUCCUUCCUUCUCUCUCUGCCUGCAGGUACUAUGUGGGGUAAUAAAUCUGACGUUAAUGUUAAAAAUGUUUUUGUGAUUUCAUAAUUGUUUUAAUAAUGUAAGUUUCUGGCUGCAGCACAUGCUCCCUGCUCACAUGAUCACCUUUACAUUAUCAAUAAAUAAUCAGAUGAUAUAAUUGUUACCAGUCACGGGGAAUCUUUUGUUAACUUUCCUGAUAAAACCUGAGACACUAAGAUUCAUUAAAACACGUUGGAUCUC